AUGGACAAACCAGAUGAAGCAGAUCUGUGCUUCCCCUUGUCCAACAACUCCUGCAGGAAGAUCCCACGCAACCAAUCAGAGGCCACGGUCAUCUACACUCUGCUCUCCUCCAUCACUGUGAUCACUGUGUUUCUGAACUUGCUCGUCAUCGUCUCCAUUGCCCACUUCAGGCAGCUCCACACCUGCACUAACCUCCUCCUCCUCUCUCUGGCUGUGUCAGACUUCCUUGUUGGUUUCCUCCAGAUGCCCUUCCAGAUCUUUUAUUACCACGGCUGCUGGUACUUGGGUGACUUUGCAUGCGCUCUCAAUAACUUCUCUAGCUUUCUUGUAGUUAGCGCUUCAGUUGGAAAUAUGGUCCUUAUUUCCGUGGAUCGGUAUAUAGCCAUAUGCGACCCCAUGUUAUACACCAGCAAAGUCACCGUACAGCGUGUCCAACUGUGUAUUUUUCUAUGUUGGAUAUUUUCAACCAUUCAUGCUGUCUGGAUAUUACGAGACUUACUUGGACAACCUGACAUAUAUAAUUCUUGCAUUGGAGAGUGUGUGCUCAUUGUAAACUACGCAGAGGGAGUUGUGGAUCUGGUUGUGACAUUUUUGGCGCCGAUAAUUGUCAUUACAUAUUUGUACUUAAGAGUAUUUGUAGUAGCUGUUUCCCAAGCUCGUGCAAUGCGAUCUCAAAUCUCAUCUAUCACAGUGGGGCCAGUGGCAGUGACAGUUCAGAAAAAAGAAACGAAAGCAGCAAAAACCUUGGGGCUUCUGGUUAUCAUCUUCCUCUUAUGUUCUUGUCCAUAUUAUUGUUUCACAGUGGCUGCAGAUAGUAACCUGUUUGGAGCAUCAUCAGGAGAGGCUGAACUUUGGCUCAUAUAUUUUAACUCAUGUAUUAAUCCCAUUAUCUAUGUAUUCUGCUAUCCCUGGUUCAGGAAAAGUGUAAAAAUGAUUUUGACCUUUAAGAUAUUCAAGACUGACUCAUGUGAAGCCAAAGUACUGUGA